CUAAUCGCCGCCAACACGCGGCGGAAGCUUCUCCCGGAGAUUUAGCUGCCAGCCCCCCAGGCCCCUGCGUGGCCUGACCUCGCCCUCCUCCACCGAAUCCCUACGCUCGUUCGUGCUCGCUGUCCACCAGAGUCGCUGUCGCUGUCGCCGCCGCCGCUGCCGUCCUGUGAGUGCGUGCCUGUGUGUGUGCGCCCUGGAGAACAUCCUCGCACCACGCCCGCCCGCCGCCCGCCGCCGCCGCCAUGCCCGCGCUCCUGGUCGACACAAGCGCACGCCCUCCCUCAUCCACCCAUGCCUCGACAGGCUCGCACCGCUCGCGCAACCGCUCCAGGUCGCCCACGCCAGACCGUCCGCCCGUGUCGCCCCUCACCCCGACGGCCUCGGUUGCCCAGCUAGCCCCGCUGGAGCGCUCCCACUCAUCACACUCGCACGCGCAAUCCCAAUCCCAAUCCCAAUCCCAAUCCCAAUCCCAAUCCCAAUCCCAAUCCCACUCGGAAGCUCGACCCCGCCCUGCCCCUCCGCCCACGGCCACGUUCAAGCCCCAGCCGCCCUCUGUUGCCAUCUCCGAGUCGGACAACCCAGACGCCAUCGCCCUGCGCUCCGCCAUCUCGCUCCUGCAGCUGCAGCGCGAGAAGAGCAAGCGCGACCUCAAGGCCCUCGAGGACCUCAAGGCCAAGGCCGUUGCCGAUCCCGAAGCAUUUGCCCGCUCGCUGCACGAGCAGCGCGCCCACCACGCCCACUCGUAUCAUGAUACACUCACGCCCACACUGGCAGGCCUCACCCACGUCAGCAGUCCAGAUGCCCGCAAGGACUCGGCGCGCACCGACGAAGAAUCGCAUGCGCCCCAGUUCCCCCCUAUACCCCAGCCGCAGAACAUUGUGCGCUGCCCCCCGAUCAACUGGGACAAGUACCACAUCGUGGGAGAGCCCCUCGACAAGAUGCACCAAGAGCAGAACAAGUGGCCCGGCGCCCCAGAGCCUCCGCGCACAAAAGCCGGACACCGCGCGCCCCCUCAUUCGGUCGCUGCCCCAUACUCGCCCUUUACAGACGGAAUCAGCGCCGCCUCUGCUUCGUCGUCGUCGUCGUCUUCGUCGGCGCCGCCUGCCCCGCACCCUCCCAAACACCCCAAGAAGUCGCCCUCGUGAGAGCCGGGUAGUACCGAGCCCACGCGACGUCGCAUCCCGGUCUCAUCUAUGGCCAUGCGCAGUACGACUACACUACUACUGUAUUCCUCCAUACCCCAUUCCCAGCACGACGCCACUCGACAUGUCGGUAGCACAGGCUGCUCCGCUUACGAAAGCAACGCAUUCAUAGUUGUCAUGAUAGACAAAGCAUCACAGGUACAAGAUGGGCCCAAAGAGCAAUAGACUCGAAUAUGA